AUGGGCAUUAGUUCGGAAACAUGGUGGUUUGCUCUAGUUUUUGGUGGUGCACCAUUGCUAGUUUGGGUACUGCUAACAUGGUGGAAUGAAAUCUGGUACAUAGGUCCUCUUAAACUUCGCUACAGUGGUUACGUUAAGCUUCCUCCAGGUACUAUGGGUUUGCCUUAUUUUGGCGAAAUGCUGAGUUUUCUUUGGUACUUCAAAAUCCUUCACCUACCUGACGAGUUCAUUGAAGCCAAAAAGCAAAGGCAACAAAAUCGAAUAAGUCUCCGUCCACCUGAAUGUAUAAUUGCAGUUCUGAAACUUAACUGCAUAAAUCAUGAAUUCUAUGCUAAUUCAGAUAUCAACUCAAUGUUCAUUAGAUAUGGUGAAGGAGUAGGAGUGUACCAGACUUGCCUCUUCGGGACACCAUCUAUCAUCUCCUGUUCUCCGGCUUCGAACAAGUUUUUCCUGCAGCGAGACGAUAUUUUCCCCAUCAAUUGGCCUUCAAAUGAACUUUUAGGUGAAUCGUCUGUUGCUGUUGUGAAUGGAAAGGCUCAUACUAGACUAAGAAGCUAUGUUUUUAAUGCGAUCAACAGUCCCGACGCUCUUAAGAGAAUUUUUCUAGUUGUGCAACCUAGAAUUUCAUCGUCUCUUCAGUUGUGGGCCGACAAAGUCACACUCAAUGGAAUGAAGGAAACUAAGAAAGUAACCUUUGCAAAUAUUGGAAAAAUGUUUGCUAACUUUGAGCCAGGCCUUGUCUUGGAUUCGCUUGAUGGUUAUUUCGCUGGCAUUAUCGGAGGGGUGAGAGCCCAACGCAUUAACGUUCCAGGAACAACAUACCACCACGCUCUUAAGUGUCGGAAAAGCGCGACAGACAUAUUUAGAAAAGAGCUAGAAAGUCGUCGAUUGCAUGCGAAAAGCCAUAUUGAGGAGAGAAAUGAUCUCAUGGAUGGAUUGAUCAAUAUGAAAGAUAAACAAGGGAAAAAAUUAGGUGAUGGAGAAGUUAUUGAUAACAUUGUGUCUCUAGUAAUUGCUGGAUACGAAUCCACUUCUCUCGCAUCAAUGUGGUCUUUCUACUACUUGGCGAAAUUCCCCGACGUUCUCCAAAAACUGAGGGUUUUAAAAUACCAAAAGAUUGGAAAAUCAUCAUUUGGCUACGACAUCUUCACACAGACCCAAGGAACUAUAAUGAUCCAAUGUCCUUUAAUCCAGACAGAUGGAAUGGUCCCGCGAAGCCUGGUACAUUCCAAGUCUUUGGUGGAGGAGCAAGGAUAUGUGCAGGGAAUAUGCUUGCUCGAGUUCAGAUUGCAAUUUUCCUGCAUUAUUUGGCCAUUGGCUACAAGUAAAUAA